CGUCCCGAAGGAAGAAGUCGGCGCCCGCGCCGUACAUUGGCGCCUUUCUCCGGGUGAACGAGACAAAAGACGAAUGCGGUCUCGAGUUGAAAAGAGAUGGGACAAUAGCAUUCCGCGUCACAGACAGACAAGCCAAACGAAUCCAGUUUGUUGGCCAUAAGCCGGCCACUCGCUUGUGUCGGGUAUUUCGGAGUGUUUUUCGAUAGUGAUGUAAAUAUAAAACUAAUUUUUCUGACAAAUAAAGCGUUUUGCUAACAGAGUGACAGCUGAAAAAUGUGCUGUAUGUGUUGUUGAACGAUUUUGUGAGUGGAAUUUUAUGGGAUUCGGGAGUACAACGGGCAUCCAACAUGGCGGUUGCUGUGAUCUUGCAGCUACUUUUGGCAGUGCUUAUCCCCGUGAUAGCUGAAAUCGAAAUGAAGUUCACCAAGUAUCCAGAGUCAGUGACAGCACCCGUGGGUGACGAGGUGACUUUCGAGUGUGCAGUCAGGGUACCAGGAGAACUGGCCUGGAGAUGGAAGCCCGUCGACCACCCCAAUGACGAUUGGAAGCUGGUCUCCGGCACUACAGACAAGGAGAACAUGUCUACGAAGUUGGUUAUGGAGAUACAACCAGAUACUCCUAACUCAUUUUAUCAGUGCGUGGUCUCCUACGGGGCAGUGAGUCUAGCCUCCAUACCAGCUCGUUUAUCCGUUGCUCGACUGGACGUCAGCAAGAGUGUACCUCGGAGACGAAUGGUGCUGGUCCCGGUGGGAAAUACAGUGGCGUUGCAUUGCAAGGAACCAGUUUCCGAUCCACCUGCUGUGCUGAGUUGGUGGAAGGAGACUGCAAAGAGUCACAGACGACCGAUAGACACUCCCCAUGGGGUCCUCGUGCUUUACAAUGUGACGAUGGAAGACCACGGCAACUACGGUUGUUCUGCCAUCAACGAGCUUAGUGGGCAGAUAGUGGAUCUCCCGGAGAUAACUUUCCUUAGAAUCCUACCUGAAGGAACCAGAGGAACUAAGUUCUUGGAAGAAGAGGAAUACGUCGGCACUAUAGACAAUGAAGGUGUAUUGACAAUGUCAGUGUUGCCCAACACAGCGUUGCGAUUGUGGUGCGGAGCGGUAGACUCGCCACCACCGAGGGUCACUUGGAUUAAGGAAGGAGAAAAUAUGCCUCGCAGCUAUGACCAGGAACUUGUCAUAUCGCCUUUUACAAAGUUGGAUGAGGGAAUAUACUCUUGCACUGCAAACCCGUUAAACCCCAUACGUCGGUCAUGGAAAGUGACUGCAAUGGAAGCCCCUCGAUGGGAGGAUCCUGUCGCAAAUGUUAACGCCAGCGAAGGAGGCAAUGCUCACAUUGCUUGUGGUACUCCGUAUGGUCAACCUCCCCCGACCAUUACUUGGUAUUUAAAUGCUGAGCCGCUACAUUCUGGCAAAGGGAUAAGAGCUGUUGGCUCCGAUUUAUAUAUCGAGCGCGUUGAGAAACGCCAUGCUAGCAUAGUACAAUGCUUCGCGUGCAACCCUCUCGGCUGCGCGUACGACGCUGCUCUGCUCUCUGUUGUUCCAAAAUUGAUCUCUGACCAGGAAUACCCAGUUGAAGCUGCAACUCUUCAUUUUCCUCCACAGCCGCCAAAGAGACACAAUAGAAAGAAUCCUAGAAAACACAAACCGGUAUUGGUUCCGGCUUCGAAGCCCAACGUGACGCGUCUUUCUGAUGAGAGUGUAAUGGUUUCUUGGACACACAAUAAUGUUAACCAUGGACUGCCCAUUACGUUUUUUAAGAUCCAAUACCGAGAAGUGACGUCAAACGCGAGCAUCCAGUGGCAUACAGAGAGCACUGAAAUACCAUCACACAUAUACGCGUAUGAAAUACUUAACCUGAUACCUGAUCGGGCGUAUAAAUUUAGGGUAGCGGCAGUUUACUCGAAUCAGGAUAAUAAGUCUGGAAAGAGCAGCAACAAAUUCUACCUGCACAGAGGAACUCCUGUCAAACCCCCUCGAGCUCCUGUCCUUACGAAGGCUGUCGCUUUGUCCACUGAGAGCAUUAGACUUAAUUGGACCUGGUCACAUAACGGCAACGCCAACGGAUCGCAAGCUCUAGGUUUCUACAUUUACUAUCGCGCUCUUACAACAGCUGGGUCUUACGACAAAGUGGUUGCUCCAAUAAGCGUUCGGAGUGUCGUAUUGUUACAUCUUACACCUGAUACUGCUUACGAAAUGAAGCUUCGGGCUUACUCUGAGCAGGCUCCUUCGACCUUCAGCAGUAUAUUGGUAGCCAAAACGCUUAAGCAAUCAAACAUGUCUAGUACGACAACUGAAUCUCCAUCGGAAGACAUAAAGAGCGAUGGCAGAGCUCCUGGAGCGCUGGUUACUGCUGGAGGGGCCUUAGGCGCCGCAGCGCUGCUCGUCAUAUUGGUAGUUACGCUUCUGCUGUGCAGGAGGGCCAAACGACCACCUGCCAACAGCGCACAAGGAUGGGUUUGCAGCCAUCAUACCCAAGAGGUGCGCCUCGAUGCUGCGCCGCCCGCCUGCGCGACAGCUCCAGCCGCAUCUUGA